AUGCUCUGCCGAGCGAAAUGCAAUGCUCUACCAAGCGAAAUGCAACGCUCUGCCGAGCGAGCGAAAUGCAUGAUUUGCGCAGGGCGAGCGCAGAGUUUGCAUAUCCUCCUAAGAAACAAAGAGACAUCACCACAAGAAUUAUUAGCACAAGUAGCAGACACUGGUGGAGAUUUUUCAAUUAAAGGGGAAUCCGGAAAUGCUGGAACCAAAGUUAUUAGUUAUUAUAGGUUACCAAAAGAGGAAAGCAUUAGGGACAGGGUCAAUACUUUAUUCGUGGUUGCCACACUUGUUGCCACAGUGACAUUUGCAGCCGCUUUCGCAAUUCCAGGAGGCUACAACAAUUCUGGCCCUCAAGAUGGCAUGGCAACCUUGCUAACAAAAUAUAUUCUGUCUCAUUUGGGCACAGUUGGGGGAUUUAAACUAGGUGCACACAGCUCUUCGUUUUGCAUUGCCGCUGUUGGCGAUUGCACUUACGACGUUGUCCUUAGCCUUCAUGACUGGGUAGUUUUCACUCCACUCUUCUUUGAAACUACAUCUAGGUUUCGCAUCAUUCGUUACAUCACUUAUUAUCCCUUUUGUAUGGAAGUACUGGCUUCUCAAAGUCACAACGAUGACCAAGAAGAGGACUGA